UAUUUUAUGAGCCUUUUAUCCAUAAUCCACGGAAAUCCACGCAUUAAAAACUUACUUGUAAAUAGAUCCAGAUGAACUCUUUUUGAUUCAAAUACGUAAUAAUUACUAAACCAAAAUGAUACAAGCUUGUGUUUUUUGCCUGUCACAAGACAGGGAUCUGUUGAAGAUUGAUGAAUCGCUGUAUUUCUCUGUUUAUCCAAGUUUUAAAGAAAAAAACUACGAAUACAUAAAUUACUUAAAGGCAGAAAAUUUACUAAAACUAUGCUGGGAAUGUCAAGGCAGGGUUACCAAUUUCAAAAAGUUCUUGGAUACAGCAGAAAGAAGUCUAAAUACUUUGAAAAUGGUCAUGGUUCUUCCUUCAGGGGAUCUUCCAAAGUCGGAGUCAAGGCUGCACAUAACUACCGCAUAUUGCAUAAACAUAGAAGGUGCUGUACCUCUGCUGUUGCCCCCUAAAGUAGAAAAGAUCAUUGAUGAUGCAGACCACUCCGCUGUUGAACCAGUACAACAAGAGCAAAAAGACAAUGAUGUAAGCAUGACAGCUGUCAAACUGGAAUUGAACCUAGAUGAAUUGGAUGAUAAUGACAUUUGCAAUGAUGAUGGUGACGGCAGAGACAGUGAUACCCAAGCUUCUGUUCCAGGAGGUUCGUUUAGCAUCAAUAAUCUAAGCAAGGAUGAUAAUAUCAAUAAGGACAAUGACACUACAUCCAACAAGCAUAUUGAAGAUGAUCACAGUCUGCCGGCUGUGUGGGUCGCACCGCUGCCCCUUAUUAUACCAGGCAUAGAAUGUAAUAUUAAAAUAACUACAAGCAGCUUACUAGGCCUAGAAGGCAUUAAAAAAAUUAAGCCAAGCAACAAUGAUGUAAGCUUGAGUGCAGCCAAACCGGAGGAUAGUGACAUCAACAAUGAUACAACAUCCAACAAUCAUACUGAAGAUGACCCUAGACCUCCGGCUGCGCCGACGUCAUCACUGCCCCCUGAUGCAACAAAGACUCCUAGUAUAAAAAUAGUGGAAACAGGCAAGAGUGCAAAAACAAAAAAGCCGCGGCCGAAGCCGCUCAAGUCGCUCAAGUUCAAUGUGGUGUGGGCGUCCAGCGAGCAGGCUAUGCGCUGGCACCGCGAGGAGCUGCGGCGCGCGCGAGAGGCGAGCCUCAGCUUCGUGCACGAGUGCGACGCGUGCGAGAGACUGUUCGCCGAGGAGGAGGAGCUGAAUAGACAUGUGGGGGAGGCACAUUCUGAGGAGGCAGGAAAGUAUACAUGUGAUGUUUGUCUUUAUCGAUUUCCGGAUCACACCAAGUUGAAACAGCACAUGGAGGCUCACUACAUCAACUACAAGUGUAAAACCUGCAGCUUUGAAAGCAGAAUACUGGCGGAAAUGCAAAAGCAUGUCAGUGAUACUCACCCGAAUACUAAGUGCCUUAAGUGUAGGAAUGAAUUUGCAUCGAAGGCAGAAGAAGAGUUUAGCAUCAAUAAUCUAAGCAAGGAUGAUAAUAUCAAUAAGGAUAAUGACACUACAUCCAACAAGCAUAUUGAAGAUGAUCACAGUCUGCCGGCUGUGUGGGUCGCACCGCUGCCCCUUAUUAUACCAAUAUCACAGUGUAAAAAAGUAUCAAACCAGACCAGCUUACCAGGCAAAGAAAGUAAUAAAAAAAUAAUAUCAAACCAGAGCAGCUUAACGUGCAAAGACAGCAUUAAAAAAAUUAAGCUAAGUGACAAUAGUGUGAGAAAGAAUGAUAACAUCAAUAAUGACAAUGACACUACGUUCAACAAGCAUAUUGAAGAUGAUCACAGAUCGCCGGAAGUGCGGGACGAACCCCUCCCCCUUAUUAUACCAAAAUCACAGUAUAAAAGAGUAUCAAAGCAAAGCAGACCACCAGGCAUAGAAUGUAAUAUUAAAAUAACUACAAACAGCUUACUAGGCCAAGAAAGCAUUAAAAAAAUUAAGCUAAGCGACAAUGAUAAUGAUGUAAGCGUGAGUGCAGCCAAACUUGAGGAUAGUGACAUAAACAAUGAAACCACAUCCAACAAUCAUACUGAAGAUGACCCUAGACCUCCGGCUACGUCGACGUCAUCACUGCCCCCUGAUUCAACAAAGACUCCUUGUAUAAAAAUAGAGGACUCAGGCAAGAGUGCAAAAAAAAUAAUACCGCGGCCGAAGCCGCUCAAGUCGCUCAAGUUCGAUGUGGUGUGGGUGACCACGGAGCAGGCUAUGCGCUGGCACCGCGAGGAGCUGCGGCGCGCGCGAGAGGCGAGCCUCAGCUUCGUGCACGAGUGCGACGCGUGCGAGAGACUGUUCGCCGACGAGGAAGAGCUGAAUACACAUGUGGGGGAGGCGCAUUCUGAGAAGGCUGGCCAGUAUACGUGCGAUAUGUGCCUGUAUCGGUUUCCGGAACAAGCUAAGUUGGAACAGCACAUGGAGGGUCACUAUGUCUGCUACAAGUGUAAAAACUGCAGUUUUGAAUGUAGAGAAUUGAGAGAAAUGGAGGAGCAUGUAAAAAAUCCACACAAUAUCAUUCAGAAGCCUGUGUGUAUUAGGUGUAAGAAUGAAUUUGUAUCAAAGGAAGAACUAAAAGAACACUUGACAACAUGUAAGACAUACAAGUGCGCUGAGUGCGAUAAAACAUUCGUAGUCCGCGGGUCGUACCAGAAGCACGUGCGAGAGCACAAACAAGACCCCGGUGGUAUUUAUUGUGAAAUCUGCAAGGUCCACUACAAGGCGUCCUAUUACAAGGAGCAUUUGAUUACUAGCUUGAAGCAUGUUUCCGAAGAUGAUUUCAAAUACAAGUGCAAUGAAUGCGACAAAAAGUUUCCAACCUCGACUCGACUCAGGUUGCAUAUGUUCGGUAAUCACAAGCGCCCGGGCCCCCACCCUUGCAAACUGUGCCCUAAGUCCUACUUCGAUAAGAUGAAAUUGGCUCGACACAUCGCCAAUGUCCAUAAAAUAGGGCCCGUGAUAGAGAGAAAAAAGGAUAAGAUAUGUGAAACAUGCGGUAAAGGAUUUUCGUCGAGCACGCUUUUAACGAACCACAUCCGUAUACACACGGGCGAGCGGCCAUGGCGCUGCGAGGAGUGCCCCGCCGCCUUCGCACAGAACGGGACAUUCUACAUGCACAUGAAGCAAGUCCACGGCAAGACCAUCGACCGGCAUGGGAGGGAGAAAUUGACUGAGAAGGUGUGUUGCGACGCGUGUGGCGCCGCGUUCAACACGCGCGCCGGCCUCGCGCAGCACCACAACCUGCUGCAUGCGGAGAAGACCGACUACCAGUGUGAAACCUGCGAAAAGUACUGCCGCACGGCGCAGGGCCUACAGAAGCACACUCGCACACACGCGCCGCCCGCGCCGCUGCCCUGCCACACCUGCGGGAAGACAUUCAAGACUCGAGGGGCGCACACGCAGCACAUUCAGAAGAAACACGGCAUCGCGGUGGUGGAGCGGCCGUUCAAAUGUCGCUCUUGUGACGCGGCCUAUAGCGUCCAAACUAACUUGUACACGCACUACAAAGUCAAGCAUCUAGGCCUGAAAAGCAGCGAUAAAGUUAAGAUCAUGAAUCUCUUCAAUUUGGAUAAAGAAGUCAUGGUUGUUGCGAGAAAGUAAUUUGAAAAGUGGAUUUGACACUUACGUA